UCAACAUGUCCAAGUCCAAAGUGAAACACGAGCUGUCUGACGUAGAGAAUUCACCAAGAGCGACGCGUAAGAACCGCACCAAUUUCUCUGGGUUGGAUAUAGAGUCGGAUGGGGACGACGGAGAGUAUGACGAGGCCGACAGAAGCAAAGAUAACAUCGAUGAGGAUGUCGACUUUGAAGAUGAAAGCAAGGCAGCAGCCAGUCGUGGAACAAAAAGAAAAGCUGAAGAAGAAGAGCCGAUUGAGGAGUCCGAGGGCGAAAUAGAUGGAGAAGAGGAUGAGGAAGAGGAAGAGGAAGUGGAAGAAGAAGUGAAAAACGAGAAAGGUACCACCACACAGAAGAAGACGAUCAUCAAGAAAGUGCCCAAGAAGAGAGGAAGAAAGAAGCUUGAAGUGAUGUUUUCCGAAGAGGGAGCCUUCGACGAAGACGGAAACCCCAUCAACGUUAAAGACGACGAAGUUGUGAUGGAUGAUGAAGAUCCCAAAGGUAAGGAAAAGGUUGACAGCGACGGCUACUUGGUGGGAGAUAGAGAGUACCGCAACAAAACUUUUACCGUCCUCAAUCUGGGGAGAAAAUUGUACAUGAUUUCCACCGAUCCUGCCAGGUUAGUGGGUUUCAGAGACUCAUACUUAUUGUUCAAAACUCAUAGAUACCUUUUCAAAAAGACUUGCACAGAAGAAGAAAAGGCUGACUUAAUAGAUCGUGGAUUGAUUCCAAACUCCUACAAGGGUAGGUCGGUAAAUUUGGUGGCUGCCAGAUCAAUUUUCAGAGAAUUUGGUGCCAAGGUACUCAGAAACGGUAAGAAAGUCAUCGAUGACUUCUGGGAAGAGCGUGCUAUCAAGAAUGGUGAUGUUCCUGGUGCAUAUGCCGAUCCACUCGAAUUAUACGGUAACAAGAAUGGUUUGAUCGGCGAACCUGGUUCCAAUGGAGGCUCUACUCCCGUUAUAUCUACCCCAUUGAUAAGUUAUCAAACUGACCCAACAUGGAUGUAUCAAAUGGCUCAGCAAACUAAAGAUUUCAACAAGAAAUUGUUGAAUGGAAGAAUACAGCUGUAUAACAGAGGAAUUAAGGACUUGUAUACUAAUCAAACUUUCUUCCCAGCCUUAACUCAACCAACAAAGACAAAGAAAUCGGUGAUAUCAAGCUCGGGCACUUUUAUUACUAAUGAUAUAAAAUUUACCUACCCUGAUAUCAGGAAGAAGAUCACAGGAUUGAAGGAUAUUCCAAAAGAGAUUUUCGCUGAUGUUGAUGAAGAGAUCAAACAGGCUAUCUUGGCUCAACAAGAGUUCGAGAAGCGUGCUUGAUCUCUUUCGAUUUGUUCCCAUAUGUAUUAAUAAAGCUCA